AUGGCGCUUAAUACCUCCGACCCAGUGGACUGGACAGUUGAUGAGGUUGUGAGCUUUCUUUGUGGCCCUGAACCUCCAACAUGGGCCGACUCAGCACACCCCCCACGGCCUCUUCCAAAUUUGUUAGAGGCGGCACUUCGCGAGAACGAGAUGUGCGGUGAAGUGCUUAUGCACGUGAACAACGAUGGUCUAAAAGAUCUGGGCAUCAAAGCGUAUGGCCACCGCAUCAGUUUGAUGAAAGCUGUUGAAUGGCUCAGACGUAAAUCCCCUAAGUACCUCAUGUCCCAAAAGAAAAUCAAUGAGGACAAUCUCAAAAUCUCAAGCGACCAAUUUUCCACUCCAAUUCCCGGAUCCAUGCGUCAAGAUGAUAUGUCUACGGAAAGAAACCUUACUCCUGCAGCAUUGCCCCAGAUUUCCGUUGAUGAUCUUACCAUUGGAAAAACAAAAUUACCCCAACGCAGAAUCCAACCCAUCCUUUUGCAAACAGAUGAUUCUCCUGCUGAGUCACUCGACAUUCUUGAUGAUGUGAACAUUCUAUCUGCUCAUGAUCUUCAGUCACGAUCACGAAAAGAUGAAGAGUUCUUCACCUAUCUCACUGAAAAGUAUGGAGCAAAAAGCGAUGAAGAUGAUGGGAGUUCUAGCAGUGCUCUUCCCGAGUAUGGACAAUCAGGCUCGGAAGGCGAAUAUGAUGAGCACACCUGGAAAGAAAUACUGAAGGAGAACCCGAGUCUCGACGAAUCCAGCCGUAAGGUCCUCUCUCAAAAUGAAUGCAAUCUCAUUAUGCAACAAUACAUUUCCCAGAAAGAAGAUUCAUGGAAGGAGGAAGAUCUCCCGGAUGAAUUGCCAAUAGGACCAUCCCUGUGGCUGUACUUCCGGCAGACAAACGACCUCGAGAAAGAAAAAAAUAAGCUCCGUGGUAGCAUUGACCAGCUGGAUGACCGUCUCAAAAAACUACAGGACGUACUUCGGGGGAAUGAAUACGGAUCAAUCAGAUUAUUGGUCAAAGCAUGCAGAAUUCUCGACGUGACGAUCUCCCACCGAUGCCGUGAUCAAUGGAGACUGGAUACACUUACCGCUGAUAUUUGCCCACAUCAAAUCGAACGUCCACCCCGAAAUGCUUACUCAAAGAUCGAUCGAGAUGUCGAGCAGUCAGAGGAAGAAACUUUAUGCUCUGAAUCGGAUUCUGUCUCGGAUAAUUUAGACUCGGAUAUCUCUGAUGAAAGUGUCAUUGAGCAGGUGGAUCUUGAAUCUGAUCUAGACUACAUUUCAAUUUCAUCCGGCGGAGAGGAUACUCAACCUCCACAAAAUGAACCAACAACAGUGCUUGAACCGGGACAAGUAUCUAACCAAGAAACAAUCCCAGAACCAGAAGCAAUCCCGGAACCAGGAGAAGUGUCUGAAAAGCCACUCAGUUUGGAGAAGAUCCCAUCUUCAGCUCUAGAUGCUCCUGUUGAUGUUGUUGAAGAGCAAUACCCCAAUAAGCGACCGCGGGUUGAUGCGGUAGAACAAGCUAUCAGCCCUGUAGCUGGAAAGGCCGUUCUCUCUGGUCCAUUCGUCCAAGACGAGGACAAAGAUGAGGACGCCGAUAUGCCCGAUUGGGACUGCAAUUCAUUGAUGCCGGGCUCCCUUAUUGCCUCAGAGAGUGCUGGAGAUCAAAUGGACAUCUCGAUCAAAACUCCUCCCCUUAACCCUACCAGAGUCAGAGCUUUACCUCCGAAUGCGCCUCCCUUGAAUAGUCCAAUCAAGGAGCUGCGGCCCACCUCACGAAAAACUGUUCCCAAAUCGCCUUCCCCAUCAAGUCACACGAAACAAGCCCAGUCGCGCAUUGGAAUUGAUGAUCCUGAUAUUUUUGACAAUAUUCGCUUUAAACACAUUCUAAAAAUCCAGGAUGAGCAAGACGCUGAUCGACUGUUGGCAAAAUUGGUCACGCAGUUGCGACCCCCGGAACGCGCGGAAUUUCCACCCUUCCUGAAGGCUUUCUUCCAUGAAGUCUAUAUCGAAAAGGUACAGGAAGCCAUUAGAGCAAUGCUCAAGGACAAGCGUGGCUUAGAGGGCGACGAUCCAAAUGAAAGCAAACUCUCCAUGCGCCUGGCUGCGUUGUUUGUAUCUUGGCACCAUUGUGCUAUCGUUAGCCCAGGAGGUUUGACGAAGGAAGAACUUCGAAGCGCGCUCGUUGCGAUGAACCAGGAUAGUGACUCGAGAUUUGAUGAGUUUCUCAAAAAGUUCAGAAAACUGAUUGAUGCUUACAACAAUUGGACCCCGCAAUCUUCGCAUCCUCAGCCUCAAUAUUCCCCGGAGCCUUCCCGACGUCGCUCUACAAUUGAUAUUCCAGAUGAGGGUAUUGUGGAUCUUGACCUAGAUUCACCCCCUCAUGCAGAGCGUGGCCAGAAAAGAAAACAGCAUCCUGACGUCUCGGAGCGUAUGUCAACUUUUCGUGUUCGUCUCCCAGCCUCACGAGGCUCCAACAGUUUGCAGAGAAAUGCCCAUGAACGGCAAGAAAGACAGAUCAAAGCUAGAGCGAUGUUUAGUGCAGACAGGAUCAGGCGGGGCUUGAACAAUGACGAUCCAGAAGGACAGGUGGUAUCCUUCAAAGACCCUCCUAUCUAUCUCAACUCUUCUGUUGGUCGUUUUGUGAAACCCAAUCAAUUACUCGGAAUUCAAUUCAUGUGGCGAGAGAUUUGCGAAUCUGAAAAGAUGGAGGGAUGUAUGCUUGCCCACAUUAUGGGAUUGGGCAAGACGAUGCAAGUGAUAUCUCUUUUGCUUACAAUCGCUGAAGCCUCUGCUUCGUCAGAUCCCAAGAUCCGGGAUCAGGUGCCUAAAAAACUACAGGGUUCUCGUACUAUCGUCCUAGCCCCAGCUGGUCUCAUUCAGAAUUGGUUAGAAGAGUUUGAUUUCUGGCUGCCAAGAACCGAUCCCCUUGGGAGAAUUUUUGAUCUAUCUGCCAGUUCCGUUCCUCACCUUGGCGAGCGACUUACUAUGAUUGAAGAAUGGGGGCAAGGUGGAGGUGUCCUCAUCAUGGGCUAUGAGAUUUUCCUUCGGUUUAUCAAUAAUACGAUAGUGACCGCUGGAAGUGGCGAUCCCCCCCUAUCUCAGGAGGAACACAAGCGGAUUCAAGAUAUUCUCUUACAAAAGCCUCAAAUUGUGGUUGCAGAUGAAGCGCACAGACUCAAAGGUAGCCAUACAGGAGUCACAAAAGCGGUUGCUCGUUUCGAAACCAAGAGUCGUAUCUCGAUGACAGGAUCGCCCCUUGCCAACAACUUGGUUGAAUACUUCCAAAUGAUCGAUUGGAUUUCCCCAGGCUACCUGGAAGACUACCCUAGUUUCAAAACUCGAUUCAUUGAACCAAUCCAGGCGGGGUUGUACAUCGACAGCAAUCGUGCAGAACGGCGAGCAGGUCUCAAGGCCCUGAAGUUACUAAAUGGUAUCAUUGAGCCCAAAGUCCAUCGACUUGGUAUUUCUGCCCUUGCCGCAGACCUUCCUCCCAAGAAGGAGUUUGUCCUCUUCAUUAAACCGACACCUAUCCAGACGGAAAUGUACAAUGUUUUCGUCAAGGAAGCGCCAAGUUCCAACGAUUUUCACAAGUUUUGGCAAUGGGUUUUCAUCUUGCAGCAGUUGCUGAACCAUCCCGCUCCAUUUAUUGACAGAUUGAUCCAUCGAUCAAAGGAGAAAGCAGAAGACACGGACUUAGCAUCUUCAGUCGAUGAUGCCGGUGUGCCUCCAACCUUGCUUGGCAAAGAGAAGGCUUUAUUUGCAAAGAUCCAGGACCAACUAGACCCCAGUUUGUCGAAUCGCAUGCUUCUCUUACACAAGAUUCUCCUUGAGGCAAAGCGGGUCAAGGAUAAAAGCUAUUUCAAAAAGACCGGCACGAAGUACCAGCGCAUUGAUGGAAAUGCCCCCAUUGGAUCUCGCCAAGGCAUAGUAAAAGCUUUCAAUUCUGGCAACGAUGUAGAAGUCAUGCUCAUCUCUACCAAAGCCGGGGGUGUUGGCUUGAACAUGUUUGGAGCGAACCGUGUUGUCAUCUUUGACUUUAUGUUCAAUCCAGCACACGAAGAUCAAGCCAUCGGAAGAGCUUACCGCCUGGGACAGAGAAAGCCAGUCUUUGUUUAUCGGUUUGUUACUACCGGAACUUUCGAGGAGCUUGUGCAUGAUCGCUCGGUCUACAAAUCACAACUUUCGCUGCGGGUGGUAGACAAAAAAGAUAUCAUUCGUGCCAGUACCAGAGCCACAACGAAAUAUCUCUUUGAGGUCAAAGCCAGUGAACCCCAGUCGCUCGCACAUAUCCAAGGCAAUGACCCUGAAAUUCUUGAUCGAAUCAUAGAGAGUGACUUAUCCAGCUGUUUUAUCAAAAUCAAUCUUUCGACUCUCAAGGAUGAUGAAGAUGAUGUGUUGACUGCACAGGAAAAGCAAGAAGUCGACAAACAGUUGGCUUUGGAGCAGCUCAGGCGCACUGAUAUUGAAGCAUACCGUAUUGAGAGAGCGAGACAGGAGAGAGAGGAGGAGUGUGCUAGAGAAAGAAUACGCUUGCGCCAGCAACAACUCGCACAGCAACAAUUCGCACAGCAACAACUCGCACAGCAAAACUUCAACCAGAAAUUUGGUCAACAGUACGGCUUCCAGCAACCGCAUAUUCUCCCCACUCAUAACCAGCAAAUGCUGAUGCCACCACCUCCCACUCCUCAAGUCCCGAUGUCGACGUCUCUCAACCCGCAAUUGCUGACUACGCCGCCACCAACCGCUGCGGCAGUGCCCUACCAGCUCUCGCCGACCCAGCCUCAAUUAUCCCAGCGGUCAAGUCCAAUCCAACGUCUUCAGUCCCCAAUGUUCUACCAGCAGUCACCAAUUCACGCAAUGUCCCAUCUACCGACACCAGCUCAGCCAAUGCCCUACGUUAAAUCAUCACCCAAUGAGCCAGUGCCUUAUCAGCAACAUCAAAUCCCACACCGGAUUACUCAGCAAAUAACGCUACUACCUCCUCCCAACUCGGAGUCGCAAUAUCCCCCUGGAUCAUCUCGAUCUUCCUCGCAGCCAUCACCUCCAACUACGGAGUCCUGGCUUUAUCAUCAAGCCCCAUCAUCUCCAAAUGUGGAGUCCUGGCUUCGUCGUCAAGCGCUCCCAAGCAUGCAUCAGCAACCACUUGUUGGGCGGCAAUCCAGAAAAGAUGAGCUGUUCGUUGAACGUGCAAGAGAGUUGAUUUUCGUACAGCGCGAGCAAGGGGCGAGCUUCUUGGAACAGAACAUGAUAACCAUGAACCGGCUACUAUCUGCUAGCUCAGCUGGUUCGUCGUCGGUUGCUUGGUCUUCCUUCUCUUUGUAG